AUGGUUCACGGACAGGGCACAGGCAGCAGCCCUGUCAGUCCAUGGGCAACCUGUGCCCCUGGAGACAGUGGGGAGGAGGUAGCAGGUACAGGUGAGGGGUCAGCAGGGGAGAGGCAGUGUGGUGCAGUGGUGACUACGUGGGCACUGGAACCAGACCACCUGGGCUCCAGUCCCCGUCCCAGGCAGCACGAGGGGCAGCUCCGUGCAUCCCUUUCCCCUGUGAAAGAAUGCAAGGGUCCUGAUGCCUUGACCCGCCCGCUGCUCGCGGCCUCCCUCGCGGGCGCCUUGGGCUCCUCCUUCCUCUCCGGCUACAGCCUGUCGGUGGUGAACGCGCCCGCCCCGCACAUCAAGGCCUUUUACCGUGAAUCAUGGGAAAGAAGGCGUGGAUAUCCAAUAGACCCAGAUGGUCUGACCCUGCUCUGGUCUGUGACUGUGUCCAUAUUCGCCAUCGGUGGACUUGUGGGGACAUUAAUGGUGAAGAUGAUUGGAAAGGUUCUUGGAAGGAAGCACACUUUGCUGGUCAACAACGGGUUUGCGAUUUCUGCUGCAUUGUUGAUGAGCUGUUCUCUCCAGGCAAAAGCCUUUGAAAUGCUCAUCGUGGGCCGCUUCAUCAUGGGCAUAGAUGCAGGCAUCGCCCUCAGUGUGCUCCCCAUGUACCUCGGCGAGAUCUCACCCAAGGAGAUUCGCGGCUCUUUGGGGCAGGUGACUGCCAUCUUCAUCUGCAUUGGCGUGUUCACUGGCCAGCUACUGGGCCUGCCCGAACUACUGGGAGUGGAGAGUACCUGGCCAUACCUCUUUGGAGUGAUUGUCGUCCCUGCUAUUGUCCAGCUGGUGAGCCUGCCCUUUCUCCCCGAGAGCCCACGCUACCUGCUCUUUGAGAAACACGAUGAAGUGGGAGCUGUAAAAGCAUUCCAGACAUUCCUGGGCAAAGCAGAUGUCUCCCGAGAGAUGGAAGAGAUCCUGGCUGAGAGCUACAUGCAGAGGAACAUCCGCCUCGUGUCUGUCCUGGAGCUGCUGAGGGCUCCCUCCGUCCGCUGGCAGAUUGUCACUGUGGUCAUCACCAUGGCCUGCUACCAGCUCUGUGGUCUCAACGCGAUUUGGUUCUACACCAAUAGCAUCUUUGGAAAAGCUGGGAUCCCUCCAGAAAAGAUCCCAUACAUCACUCUGAGCACGGGUGGCAUUGAGAUUUUGGCUGCCACCUUCUCGGGCUUGGUCAUUGAGCGUCUGGGACGGAGACCCCUCAUCAUUGGUGGCUUCGGGCUAAUGGCCCUCUUCUUCGGGAUCCUCACUAUCACACUGACGCUGCAGGACUGUGCCCCCUGGAUCCCUUACCUGAGUAUCGUGUGCAUCCUGGCCAUCAUUGCCUCCUUCUGCAGCGGACCAGGUGGCAUUCCAUUCAUCUUGACUGCCGAGGUCUUCGAGCAAUCACAGAAGCCAGCUGCCUUCAUCGUCGCGGGCACCAUCAACUGGCUCUCCAACUUUGCUGUCGGGCUCCUCUUCCCAUUCAUUCAGAAAAGUCUGGACACCUACUGUUUCCUGGUCUUUGCCGCAAUCUGUAUCACAGGUGCUAUGUACUUCUAUUUUAUCCUGCCUGAGACCAAAAACAGAACCUAUGCAGAAAUCAGCCAGGCAUUUACCAAAAGGGACCACGCAUACCCACUGAAAGGGAAAAAUGACUCAGCUGUGACUGAUGACAAGACUAAAGGAAAGCCUGAGCCAGAUUCCUCCUCCACAUUGGACGGUUAUGACAAAAACAGGAUUGUCUAGAUGGAUGACCUUCCAUUUCAGGAAACCAAAGACUUCCGCAUUUUUGGAAGGCUUAAACUGAUUGAAGCCAUGCAAAUCUUACAUGACUAGGUGUUUAAAAAUAAACCUGUGCUUACCUAAUAUCACAACCAUUUUGACUUUAUUCACAGCUGAAUAUCCCAGACUCUACUGGAAACUGGAAAAAAAUCACGCUGUGAUUCAGUAGACCCAACAUUUUUCUAUAUAGACCAAUGGCCUGCCUUCUUCAUGACUUAACCAAUGACUUCAAAAUGAAAUUGGGGAAAUUGUGUUUGAAUGAUUUCUCAAAGAAAAACAAUUUGGUCUCACAGAAGACCAAAUGGACUUAAAUCACAGACUGAGGUUCUAGUCCAAGCUUGACCAUAAGUAGCCCUGACCUGCCCUCAGCCUGGAUCCUGGAUUCUGCAAUAACCGUUAGUGUAGGAGCUGGAUGUAGACUUUCAGAAUACAUGAGAAAGACUCUUCAUACCUCCUAAUAAAUGCUGUUACCAAACUUUGUCUCUGCCUUGUGGACCACGGGCUUAGGAGAGCCUAAUACCAUCCCUCCAUCUUGCAGAUUCUGCCUUUCCCAGGCAUGUCCCAUGGGGCUCAAGAUUUCCAGAUCUGAAGCUAUCUUUGCCUUGGACUAUUAGACUCCUGUGUGCUCCCAGAAAACAUAAAGAAUAUCAGUGUGUGGAAGACUUUGAGAGGCAGAUACAAGAAAUAACUUUCCCAUAAUUGGGGCAGGGACUGCAAAAUGAACUCUGUUAAAUUGCAAAACAAUGUUGAGAAUAAUCCUGAGGCUAACCUAGGCUUGGUGGGAAAGAACUUCAUGACUGAUUGGUAAUGUCUGCCCCAGAUGCAGGAGUGAGCAUGUUGGCACAUGUACCUCAUGCUUCCCAAGUCUAGAAGGGAUUUAUCUGAAAAUAUACUGAGCUGCCUUGAAUGACGGUGAGUUCACCAUCACUCAAAGUGCUCAAGCAAAGGCUGGGUGAUUACUCAUCUUGACUGUUGUUAAGGAAAUCUAAGUGUCAAUUUUGAAGGAAGACAUUUGGGGUAGAUAUGUUUAAGGGCUCUUCCAAUCCUUACAUGCUAAGGCUGUUUUUGGUUGGAGCAAUUUGCAGCCUUCCAUUGUAAUGCAUGGCUUGUGGUUUGGGCGAUUCCCUAUAUUGCUUCGAGAAUGAAACAAACUCAAAGUGCCCAUAAGUUAAUAAAGUGCACUUAAAUUAGCACCAGUGUGUUUGAAUUUAGUAUGUCAUAGAAUAAGGAGUAGGGCCAGAGAGGAAAGGCUCUGGUCCUAGCAAUGCCACUGGAACCUUUUCAGCCACAAUCCCUUAAGACUUCUCUAAUCAUUGUCAAGCAAAGGCAGCUUUAGCCAAAACGUGAGUUCUGAUUUUCCUUUCUUGCUGAAUUUUCUUUUAUAACCGGGCCUCUCCUUUGGCUGACUGCUAACUCAUUGCACUGUCCUCCAGCUUUGGUUUGGCUCGGCAAUUUAUUCAGUGUUUGUCAAUAUAGAGAGAAAGUAAUAUGUGAAUAUCAAAAGUGCCUGAGACCAAAAGAGCCAAAUAAAGUAUAAAAUAAAAAUCUUA